AUGAAACAAAAGCAGUGUCUUUCUAAAGUUCGUUCAUCGAACAGUAAGGUCUCGUUUAGCAACAUCAGAAAGCAAGCAUCGCGGGAUAUUCCAAAUUCAAAUGGAGGCUCUGAUGCUGAUAUGCUAUCGGAGGGUGAAGAUGAUGAGGAAAUCGAACAUUUGUCAGGACGGAAAUUGAGAUCUGGAAUAAAGCCUUCUGUUACAUCUUCUGUGCGUGGAAAUAUGGAAGAUAAAGAGGAGAACGAGGAGGACGCGGCUUUGAGAUGGCUAACUGGAAGUUACCGGCGUUCUUCUCAAGCACGUAAGGAUUAUGAAAGGUAUUGUGAGAAGCAGAGGGACGAAGGUGGCAUAAAUCGAAAUUCCAAUUCCAACGGUGUUCAGGUGCAACAAAGAAAUGUCUCCGAUGAUAUGGAUGACGAUUAUCUCAGUAAUGAUAGUAACAAUGACGAUGAUGAUGAUGAUGAUGAUGGUGGUCAUGGUCAUAAUAAUUACGAAAGCUCAAGAAAUGAAGGAUCUUCCAGUCAUGGUGAUUCCAGUUAUUACCCCUCUCGCCAUGCCGUCAAUUCGAGUAAUGCUGGCUAUUCGGAAAACUUUUGGCGGUCCCAAAGAGAUUCCGGGGCAAAUUCCGACUCUACAGAUGCAAGGUCUGAUUCUGAUGCAAAUGCCAGAUCAUUUCGGAAUGCUCUGGGAAGAUUCCUUUCAGGGACUGGCUUUGAGGAAAUUCUUGCCGAUGGAUCAGAAAUUCAAGCUAUGAUUGACCAACUGCAGACGGAAACGGACCCAUAUAUUGUCCAGGAGACAUUGAAUCAGCUCAGUGGAAAGCUGCUUAUGAUGAAUGGUUUGGUUGCAGAGAGAGGGCUUCCUGUUACUUCUUUGACAACAGAGCUAGUUUCUAUUUUAAACGAUCCGAAAUAUCAAGAAUUGUUGCAGAUUCAGUUGGUUUCUUGUCGUUGUUUAUAUAAUAUACUUGAGGUUUCCCCAGAGGCUGUUCAUACAAUGGUUGAAUGCAAUGUAAUCGAAGCCCUUUCAUCUAGACUUGCUGUUAUAGAUUAUAUUGAUCUUGCAGAACAAGCAUUGCAAACACUAGAGAUGAUAUCGAGGGAUGCUGGGGAUGAAAUAAUGGAGAGGUCUAAUAUUUCAUCGUACCUUACAUAUUUGGACUUUUUCACCAUACAUUCUCAAAGAAAAGCUCUUAGUUUACUUGUCAAUUCCUGCGAUCAUAUUCCGAAGUCUAAAUUGGCAGAAAUAAGGAAUAUAUUACCAACAGUAGAGCGUGUGGCCACCGAAUAUACUGAUUCAUCUUGUGUGGAAAGUGCUUGGCUUGCAAUUUCCAAAAUCAUCAGGAACUUUGAAAAAACUCCAGAGGUAUUGUCUGAGCUUAUUAAUUUGAGCCUUCUAAAGGGAAUGGUUAGUAUAUUUCCAAGUUGCUUGGGAAAUCAUCACAGUUCCAAUAGAAUAGUGAGCUUUGGAGCUUGUAUUAAGCUUCUUGGCUCCUUAACAUUAAUGUGUCACAGUUCACCAGAUUUAUCUUUAACCCUCAUGCAAUUGUGUCAUCUUGGUCAAAUUAUUAAGCAGUCCCUUUUAAAUUUUGAGAAAACCGAUGUUGACGGCAGUAAUUCCUCUUCAACCGUUAAUAUCAAUGCAUUGUCAACCAAAUUUGAAAAAGACGAUGACAAUUCUGCGGAUUCAAGUGGUAAAAGCGGGACAGUUUCAAUUGAAGCUUUAAUGUCAACACCGAAAGAAUUAUUGCUAUCUGUUUUGAAAUUAGUGGCAUCCACAAUACCAUUUGUUCGGAGAGAGAGGUCAGAUGAAAAGUUGGAUGUAGGUAAUUAUUUAGGAAUGAGGAGGGCACAGGAAGAAGAAAUUUCUAAUAAGAAGCGUAUAGAACUUCUUUCCGAUUCAAAAUAUGUCGAAAUAUAUUCCAAAUAUGUUGGGGAAGUGUUUCCGAUAUUGAUCAACAUAUACAGUGCCACAGUUGAUUAUAGAAUAAGGAGGUUAUCAUUGGUUUGUAUACUCCGUUCAUGUGCUUCAUUGGACCAAAAUAGUAUUGGAACAAUAGUCUAUGAUUCAAAUAUCUCAACUAUUUUGGCUUCAAUUAUUACACAAGGAAAAAAUUCUUUGCUUAGAUAUGACUCCUCUGUGAGCUCUCUGGAUAGAAUUCGUCCGUGUAUUCUUAUUUAUGGGGCCUUUUUAAUUGCGCAUGUAUUGGUUACAAGAUCUCCCGAGCUUUUCCUACGUGAUUUCGAUAGAGAGGGUAUGUUAUCACAUACUCAGCGGCUCCUUACCGUAUUGGACCAGGAUGAAAAUGUUAUAAAUCAGAGUUCAAAAAUCAACAUUGCUAACGAAGGUAACACUUUCUCACAAAUGAGUGUGGAUGAUGAAGAGGGUGCUCGCAAUAUAAAUGGUUCUGAUGAUGAUACGCAUGAGCAUACAAAUGAGGAUGAUGUUUACGAUGAAGAUGAAAUGCCAGAGACUGAUUCUGAGAUUUCUGAUGGUUCUGAAGUUCAUGAAUCAGAAACGCCAAGGUCAAUAUUUUCUUCAUUUAGGCACUUGAAUGAGUAUGAAGAUGAUGGGGCUGCCCUCAUUCCAAUAGGAAAAGUAUUAUACAGUUUGGAUCAACUAUGUCAUGAAGUGAGUCAGGACUAUCAAACGUUACUGGCUUCUCAUGGUACUUCGAGAUCUAAGCACAUGAAAGAACUUGAGGAAAUAGGAAUCUUGCUAUCAAAUAAGGGACAAGUGAAUUAUUCAGAGAAGCAAUGGAUGAACCUAUGGACAAGAUUUGCAUAUUGCAUCAGUACAGAUAAUGACGCAGAGGCUAUUUCAAGUUUUGAAUUGACAUCCUCCGGAAUUAUAGAUGUGCUCUUGAAAACUCUAUUGUCUGAAGAUUUGAAGUCCUUUUGUGUUAUGUCAUUUCAGAAUAUAUUUUGCUCGAGAUCUAGUAUUUUAGGAUCCGAGGAAAAGCUUCCAUUAACAAUAUUGGUACGCAAAUUGGAGGAAGCACUAGAGAGAACAGAGUCGUUCUGUAUCGUUACGAGUGGAACAUCCUUACGAUCUGACACGCGUGCCUCAUCUAUGGCAAAACAACUUCGAAUUAAACUCGUUUCAUCUGAUGAAACGUUGGAUGAAUCUGAACGUAAGGUUCUUCUGAUGAUUCAUGCAAUUGCAACAUUCAAAUCAAUAGAUCUAUUUAUGCAGUCAAGGCUGAAUAGGAUUAAGAGUAUACUUCGUGUAUUUUCUCCGUCGAAUGAAAGAGCUGCCAGGGCUACGCCUAAUGAAAGUUACCAUAUUGAAUUUUUGAUUAACGGUGAGGUUGUUCCUCCCGGUACUACGGUUUAUGGCGCGAUAUAUAGAUCAUUACAAAAGAAUCCACAUGAAAUAGUGUCUCCAAGACUUAUCUGGACAGCCCUUCCUCAUGUUGUGAACUUUCGUAAAGUUCUUGGUUCAACUAAUGAACCAGAUGAUGAACUUUAUCCAGUUGAUUCAAAUGCGGGUUAUAUUACUUCCACCAAUUCUGGUGAUUCAGAUAUUUCCUCUUUAGGGGAUCCUGUUACCAUAGAAGUGUUACAUUUACUCAAAGUAUUGCACCGUAUUAAUGGCAGGACGACAAACCCGGGUGCCUCAGAUGCAUUAUUUUUGAAUUACAAAUUAACUGCAAAACUGAACAGGCAACUUGAGGAGCCUUUAAUUGUUGCAAGUGGCACGUUGCCCGACUGGUCUAUUGAUAUUACAAGAAAUUUUCCAUUUGUUUUUCCUUUAGAAACAAGAGUAUUUUUUUUGCAGUCAACCUCCUUCGGAUAUUCUAGAUUAAUUGAUUUAUGGCAGAGCAGAAACAAGCAGCAAGGAGAUAAUAAUUCUGCAUUAAAUGCUAGGAAUGUUGUUCAGCUUGGAAGGCCUGUUAGGCACAAGUUCCGUUUAUCACGUAAGAAACUUUUCCAAGGUGCAAUAAAGGUUCUUGAUGGCUAUGCAAGCGCUCCAGGAUUGUUAGAAAUUGAGUACUUUGAUGAAGCAGGAACCGGCAUGGGACCAACUUUAGAGUUUUAUGCGAAUGUAUCCAAGGAAUUCUGCAAAAAAGAAUUGAAUCUUUGGAGGGAUACUGAUGGUUCUAAUAGUCUGUAUGUGAACUAUCGCACGGGUCUUUUUCCACGGCCAAUGGACAGGAAAGCUCGGAUCUAUCAGAAGUCGCUUCAUCAUUUCUCGAUUCUUGGAAAAUUUAUCGCUAGAGCCCUAUUAGAUAACAGAAUUGUUGAUUUUGCCUUUAAUCCGUUAUUCUUCGAACUUUCGAAAUUUCCAGAAUUGCCUGGAGAAACAAAACUUCUUGAUAUUUUGAAAGGUGUUGAUCCAGAGUUGUUUAAAUCGUUGUCAUUCUUAAUAUCUUAUUUGGAUGAUAAUGUUAAAAAGGAAGCAAAUCUAACUGAUCUUUCGCUAUCAUACGUUCUUCCUGGUUAUAAUGAUAUUCAACUUGUUGAAAAUGGAGCGAAUGUUCAAGUCACUGAAGUUAACCUUGAGGCUUACGUUAAUGAUGUCGUACAAGCAACUGUCGGAAAGGGUGUUUGGGAGCAAAUACAGGCAUUUAAAAAGGGUUUUAGUACAGUCUUCCCCUAUUCUUCGAUGGCAAUAUUCUCCUCCGAUGAACUCACUAAACUGUUAGGUAGUGCCGAUGAGGAUUGGUCACUUGAAACUUUACUUGGUGUUGUAAAGGCCGACCAUGGCUAUACUGUCGAAUCACCAAGUUUCCAGAAUCUACUUGAAGUGCUGUCAUCUUUUGACAAGAAUGACAGAAGAAAGUUCUUGCAGUUCCUCACAGGAUCGCCAAAAUUACCUAUCGGUGGGUUCAAGGCGUUACACCCCGAGUUUACUGUGGUCCGUAAACCCGCAGAAGGUAAACUUAAGCCAGAUAAUUACCUACCAAGUGUGAUGACUUGUGCUAAUUAUUUGAAGCUUCCUGAAUAUUCUUCGAAGGAUGUCCUUCGACAGCGUCUUAUUAAAGCUAUGAAUGAAGGUGCAAACACAUUUUUACUCUCAUGA